AUGAUAGAGGAAGAGGUAGCGGAUUUCAAAGAAAAACUUGAGCGGCUCAAAAAUCUUCCAAAUCCAAAUCCAACUUUCAAACCAAGACCUCUGAAUCAACCCAAGAAGAAUGACCUUUCUGAUGAGGAAGAUGAAGAUGUUCAGGAAAAUGAUCCGGUGAAUGAAGGCCUCGAGAAUUUUCAAAAUCUUUAUAACGUAAACCCAACUUCCGAGUCAAGUCCCCACAAUCACAUCAAGGAAAGUCACUGCGCCGAGGAGAGUGAUGAGCCAGAAAGGCCGCCGACGAAACCAGCAAGACAUGAUGAACUUUUUGGGAAAGCAUUUUCUUUUAGCAAGUAA